AUGCCGUCGCCUAAGCAUCACCGGAAAGUUGGAUCCGAGAAGAACAAAAAGGGGAAGCUAUCCGAGAAGGCGUCUUCCUUCCACGGUAAGGCUCAAUUGGGGGCGAGCGUGCUCCCCCGGCCGAGGACGGUGCCGGACCUUCUCUCCGGGAGGGGAUCCAGCUGGAGCUCGGCGGAGGACGCCGCCGCCGCGGCGCCGCAGAAGCUGACGAAGCUGCUGCUGAACGUGACGAUACAGAGGAGCCUUGGCGCCGUGAGGGUGGUUAUGCCGCUGGAGGCGACGGUGGAGGAUCUGAUCGCGGCGGUCCUCCGGCAGUACGCUAGGGAGCAGCGGCUGCCGGCGCUCUCCUCUCACGACGCGUCCGAUUUCGACCUCCAUUAUUCUCAAUUUAGCUUGCAAAGUUUGGAUAGGGGUGAGAAGCUGGUGGGUUUGAGUUCAAGAAAUUUCUUUCUCUGCCCCAAGCGGCCGGAGCCGGUGGAAUCCACGGCGGGAUGCGGCGGAGCUCCGUCAAGAUGUUCCGAAGAAGCUGAUAAGGAUAGCAAGAAGGGGCUGCUCUGGCUCAAAUUCAUGAAUUUUUUGCUGUAA